AUGACACUCUCUUGUCUCUGCCCGUUCUUCGCGGGACGAAUGCAAGGCGGUAAUUGUGUGCUGUCAAACGGAGCUGUUCUAACGAUGGCAUAUCGUAAAGAAUAUCGUAUGAUGACAGACGAUGAACGAAAUCGUUGGCAUCGAGCACUAUAUACGCUGAAAAUGAACGGAGAGUACGACCGAAUCAGCAGGCAGCAUUUUGACGUCGGCGUUGGCUCUGGAGCCCACUCUGGACCCGGUUUCUUGCCUUGGCAUAGGGAAUACCUGAAGAGAUCCUUUCCUCAAACUAUUUUCGCUGGUGAGACCGACUUCUACGGAAACGUUAUCCAAGGUCCGUUUGCCUACUGGAGAACCCUCGAAGGACGUCCAACAAUUCUCAGGAAUCUGGGUCGGGAAGGCUCUUUGUUGAAUGAGAAUCAAAUCAACAACGUUGUAGCACAAAACACCAUCGAGAACACGUUGGCCUACACGGCUCCAAUGCUGUGA